CUCCCACUCGCUUCGUCUCUAUAUCUCCCUCGCUCCGUCCCACCCUCCCUUGUGUAACAGUGCCCAGCGCUGGAUUACUGAACUCUGAGGCUGCUGAAGCGAGGGGCUGUGGCAGGCUUCGACCAGAAUGGUGAGGUGGUUCCACCCCAACAUCACCGGAAUCGAGGCAGAGCAGCUCCUGUUGACCCGGGGCAACCACGGCAGUUUCUUGGCCCGGCCCAGCAAGAGCAAUCCGGGGGAUUUCACCCUCUCGGUCAGGCGCGACGAUGAGGUGACCCACAUUAAGAUCCAGAACUCGGGCGACUACUACGACCUGUACGGAGGCGAGAAGUUUGCCACGCUGGCCGAGCUGGUGCAGUACUACACAGAACAACAGGAUCUGCUGCGCGAGAGGAACGGCCAUGUCAUCGAGCUCAAGUACCCAUUCAACUGCAAGGACCCCACCUCCGAGAGGUGGUACCAUGGACACCUCUCUGGGCGAGACGCGGAGAAACUGCUCACUGACAAAGGCAAGGCCGGCAGUUUCCUGGUACGGGAGAGCCAGAGUAAACCGGGCGACUUCGUCCUCUCGGUUCUCACCAAUGAAGAGAAGCACGAAAACGUGGAUCGUAAGACCAAGGUCACGCAUGUUAUGAUACGUUACCAGCAGGAUAGUAAAUACGACGUGGGCGGAGGUGAGAGGUUUGAGACUCUGGCUGAGCUGGUGGAUCACUACAAGAAGAACCCCAUGGUGGAGAAAAGUGGCAUCGUAGUGCAUCUCAAACAGCCAUUUAAUGCCACAAGGAUAAAUGCAGCCAACAUUGAGAACCGGGUACGAGAGCUCAACAAAGUAGCAGACAACUCUGAGAAGCCCAAACAAGGAUUCUGGGAAGAAUUUGAGGUACUUCAGCAGCAGGAGUGUAAACUGCUGUAUCCCCGGAAAGAAGGCCAGAAGCCAGAAAACAAGAGUAAAAACAGAUACAAGAAUAUCCUCCCCUUCGACACAACUCGUGUUGAAAUCAGGGAAGCAGAUCCAGAUGUUGCCGGUUCAGACUACAUCAAUGCCAACUACAUCAGAUGUAUGCAUGAAGAGGGGCGCUACAUGGAGGAGGGCAAAGUCUUCAUCGCCACCCAGGGGUGCCUACAGAAUACGGUCAACGACUUCUGGAAGAUGGUGUAUCAGGAGAACACGCACGUCAUCGUCAUGACCACAAAGGAAAUAGAGCGAGGGCGGAACAAAUGUGUACGUUACUGGCCGGACUUCAACGCCACCAAGGAGUUUGGGAAGGUGCAAGUGAGGAAUGUGGACGAGCAGCCAGCACAAGACUACAUCCUCAGGAAGCUGGAGGUGACCCGUCUGGACCGGAAGGAGCCCGUGAGGUACAUCUGGCACUAUCAGUACCUGAGCUGGCCCGACCACGGGGUGCCCAACGAGCCUGGUGGUGUGCUCUGGUUCCUAGAGGAUGUCAACCGCACGCAGAACUCCAUUCCAGACACUGGACCCAUUGUCGUACAUUGCAGCGCAGGCAUCGGCAGGACAGGCACCAUUAUUGUCAUCGACAUCCUCAUCGAUAUAAUUAACCGCCAAGGUCUCGAUUGUGACAUCGACAUCCCCAAGACCAUCCAGAGGGUACGGCAGCAGAGGUCGGGCAUGGUGCAGACAGAGGCCCAGUAUAAGUUCAUCUACAUGGCUGUGCAGCAGUACAUAGACACGGCUCAGAAGAGACUGGAGGAGGAGCAGAGGAAUAAGAUGAAGGAGAGGGAAUAUUCCAAUAUCAAAUAUCCCCCGAUGACCAACUCGAGGUCCAAACCCAACAUGGCGUCCUCGCGCUCCUCUUCUGUGAUGACAAACGACGAUUCAUCGGGCGUGUACGAAAACAUAAACUUUAAAAGCCCUCAGACGUCUUUUAGCAGCAACACCAGGAGGUAAAACAUGUCGGGGACCUCCGCAUCUCUCUGUCAGCCUCUUUUUUCAGCUUCAGUGGGAGGUGUCGCUUCGUCAGCGCCUGAAAAUCCCUUAGGUGCGGAGGAGGAGGAGGAGGAUGGGGGGGGGUUGCUCUGACUACCGCCCACACCUGUGGACCCUGUCUGGGCUGAAGGUGGCGGGCUGACUCCUCUCCUGCUGCCGUCCCGCUGGCCCUCUCUGUCUGGAGUAAAACCCCACCCUCCACAGAGAGGAGGACUCUUCAGCAGAAAGCCCGCGCUCAGAGCCUCUGUCCUCCCCCGUUUCUCUCCCCCCCUCUUCUCUCCAGCUUCCAAAGCUUCUCCCUCUCUUAACCAGCGAAAGUGCCUUGUCACAGGAUGUGUCUGUAAUCUAGCCUCCCCAAACCUGCUGUUGAAUCUGCACUGUUACUGUUUUCCAAACCCUGGAAAUCCAAAGUUGACAAAGCAAACGACGAGUUGUUUUUUUUUUUUUUCUCCCCCGGGAUGAUGAUGUGUGUUGAACAUGGAGUCUGCCCUGGCCUGAAAUGAACAGAGCUGUACGGGACCCAAGAAGAGGUCAAAGCUAAGCUGUUUGUCCGCUCGUUGCUAGAGAUCACACUGUUCGCGCUCUCUCUCUCUCUCUUUCUCUCUCUCUCUCUCUCUCUCUCUCUCUCUCUCUCUCUCUCUCUCUCUCUCUCUCUCUCUCUCCCCCCCCCUGUCUUUGCUGGCUGUCAUUUGAACUCAAACCUAAGACUGUUUUUGCUGAGUUCUGUCUUUCCAGCUGUGGAGCUGUGGUGGUUAUUGAUGUGGCCGCUGACUGAUAGCAAGCGCGGUUACGUAACCUACUGCAGGAUCCUAAGGCACAGGAAGAAUAAUUGAAUUUUUACGUUUUAAUUUUGGGUGUAAAAGUUGUUGUUUUUUUUGUUUUGAAGUUUUUUAAUUUUUUCGGGAGAUUUGCUGUGUAAGAGGGGUCUGCAGUCUCCUGUGCUGUUGCAAAAGGCAAAUCAGCUGUUCUGUUAUCGCUCUUUAACAGAGCUGGAGACGUUGUUACUUAUUUCUUUUACGGUUACAGGGACAAACACAUCAGUCCUGUCUGUCAUCUGUCAUCUGGACACCAUCUCCAGUCUUUCUUUUUUUGUUUGUCCUUUUAAUCAGCUUCAUUAUUUCUUGGUGUUCCUGCUGAAGCUGUUGGUAUCAUGGUUGUGUAACAUAUGAGAUGUUUAUUUUUUAAAUGUAUCUAUAUUUAUAAAACAGCAUAAUGGUGGAAGAGAAAAUGUUUAAGCACAAGUGUCUAAGCAGCAGCACCCCCCCCAGCCCCAGCACAAAUUUUGAUUUAAAUCAUGAUAGUAUUUUGAAGUCCAUUUUUGACAGGAAACUGGGUUGAGAGGAUUCCUGAAUGGGCGGUUGGAGUCGAGCUUGGCCGACCGCCGCCUCUCAGCUUCAUUCGUCUGGCUGUCCUCGUUAAUCAGCAGGUCUGAUGCGGUUCAACAUCUGUCGGAGGAGUUCGUCACAAGGAGUCAAGGCAAAGGGGCCCGAUUACAGUGGGCCAGAUGGCCAUCUGCCUGAGAUUGAAGAAUAGAUUUGUCUCCAAAAAGUAAUUUAGAAGAUGGCCAUAAUCCAGGCUUGAUGAUAGCGGGGCGAGUAAGCCGACGUCAUUGAUGUGAUAAGGAAGACGGUGGUGCUGCGGAGCACUGAGUCCUCCGCGCCGUCUGGCAGAUUGUUCACUAUUUUUAGCCUCCAGGAUCAGCACCAAAAUAUCCCGCUGAAAUACAAGCGCACAGACGUAGAUGAAAUCUGACCUAGCUCGUUUAAAGUGUAACGACCUCUUAAAGUAAAAAAAAAAAAAAAAGAUAAAGAAAAAGAUAAUAAUGUUGUCAUCUGCAGUAGGACAUUGAAAUGACUAAAACCGUGAAUGAGUGACACUUGUUGGUGGUGCUUGUGCUCUGACCAUUCCCCCUGUCUCCAGCAACAGAAGCGUUCAACGAACCAGGUCAAGGACGCUCGCAGGCUGCGCGCACCUCGUUUUCUUCAGUCAUAAAUCAGCCGGUUUCUGCAGCUGCCGCUCGUGACUCUUCAGAGACAUGAUUUAAAAUCUAGCCAUGAGUAAUCAACACUGGAAUAAAACAAAAAAAAACAACCAAAAACUGUCAUUUGAUAGAGUUGACCUUGUGCAGUUUUCUAAAAUAAAGUAACAGUGAGGCCAGCAGUCACCCUGUCACCCUGUCAUCCUGAGAGUCGCAGGCUCAGAUUCCUUUUUAUGAAGGUUCUACUACAGUAGACGAAGAACACCCAGAGAAAUCAAUUCACAAAUAUCUUGUGAUUUUUUGGGCUACUUGGCUACUUUUGUCUGGUUUGAAACUUUUUCUUCUUAUAAGUUUGUUGCCAUGUAUUUUUAAUGGUUGUUUCUCUAUGUGAAUAAAAGCUAUGUUUUAUUCAGUGAAGGGCAUUGCCUGCCCUGUGUCAGCGAAAGACGUUUGUUAGAAAAAUGCUGCACCACUUGAUGUAUUUCAGUUGAAUUUGAACUUCGGGGACGUUUGAAGCCCUCUGGGUUUUUUUUGGGGGGGGGGGUCCUUUUGUCCUUUUCCCUUCUGAACUGUGAUUCUUUGUCUGACGAAUGAGAAAUGACUUUUUGUGGUGUUUGUUUCUGUGUUUCUAACUCUUUUGUAUUUCACUUUGCCUCUCUGGGUCAAGUUGUUUGUGAUACGGUGAAACAUCGAUACUUGAAAGUGUGAAACUGCUGAAUCUUUGGCCUCAGGGCUGUCUGGAUGUCCAUUGGCUGUGGAAGUAUUUUAGGUAGUGCACUAGAUUUUUGCCAUCAGUGUUUUAUUUUUUCUUGUUUCUUUUUUUUUCAAAUUGUACAUUUCUAAUUGAUUGUUUUAUCCGUUCUUUCAUUUUGUAUUGUGUCUCAAUUAUGAAUAUUAUUAUUAUUAUUAUUAUUAUUACUAUUGGUGUAAUUUGACUAUUGAUAAGUAAAUUCAGGCUGAGUUGAUCCAGCGCACAUGGAGGUGUGCAGUAGUAAUACGGUAUUUUCUUUCUGCUUGUCCUCUUACAUUUACUUGAAAAUGAUGUUGAUAUUUUAAAAAAAAAAUUUGUUUGUUUGCUCUUUUUCUUUCUUUGUUUUUUUAAUUUUUAUUCCUUGUUCCUCUGUUGGUGGCAGUAUGGCGGAAGUGAGUCGUGGUAUACUGAGUGCUCCCAUGUUGUUCGGUGGAGGCUCCUCCCCUUUCCUCCUCUUCUUGCACUGGCUCUGCCCAAACGCCUUUUUUUGCUGUAUAGGCUACAACUGCUGAUGCAAUGAGCUGCCAGAAAAAUGGCAUCGAAAUGUUUUAUUAUCAUAUAGUUUAAUAAAAAUCUACGAUGGCACUAUGUAAA